AUGGAGCUGAACCUCGGUACACUUGUUGAAGCGGAGCAUUGGGUUGACGUGGAGAGGAGAGCAGAUCUUCGUUUCCGAGAGAAGCUAGCGACGGUCUCACCUGGAUCGCAGCUGCAUACGCUACUGCCGAGCCUCAUGUCGGUUCGACCCAACUAUCACUUUUGUAGUCGCACAAGCUCGCAAAGCAACGCCGGCAACUUGCUCAUACGGGAAAGAGUGUACGACUGCCGUCUUCGCGCUGUUUGA